AUGGCUAACAUAGCAUCACAAGAAGAACUGUUUAGUCAGAUUAAAAGACUUUACACUAACCACAAGAAAACUUCGUCAACGCGUUAUUCACAGAGUUACUUGAAUAUACGCAUAGAGUCGCUUGAAGAGUAUUGGAAUCAAUUCCUUACUGAACACCGAGAUUUCCUCAAGUCUUCAGAAGACGCCGAAGAGAAAAAGGAAUUGAAAGCGCUCUAUAACAAUGUGGAAGAUUUCUAUAUGGAGUUCAAGACUAGUUUGUUGGAACUGACGGAACCUGUCACAACCCAAGAUAGUGCCUCACCUCAAGUGCCUCAGGCAGCUCAACCCCAAGUUGUCACGAAGAGUAAACUCCCGCCAAUAAACCUUCCUUCGUUUUCUGGUGAUUACCAAGAUUGGAUGCACUUCAAGGAUUUGUUUAUGUCGAUGGUACACAAUGAGCCGGGUCUGAGUGACGUACACAAGCAUCAUUACUUGAGGUCAAGCUUGAAGGGUGAAGCAGAACAAGUCGUCCGUCAUUUCGAACUCACAGCUGCCAACUAUGGGAAGGCUUGGAACGCCUUAGUUUGCCGCUACAACAACGAUAGAGUGAUAGCUAAUACCGUACUGAAUCGCCUGCUCAGUCAGAAGAAACUCACUAACGAAUGCUCUAAAGGCCUCAAGGAUCUUCUUGAUACUACAAACCAGUGUCUCAGUAGUCUAGCGAAUUUGAAGAUUGACACAACUACUUGGGAUUCGAUCAUCGUGCAUAUUGUAGUAUCCAAGUUAGAUAGUGAAACUCACAAAGCUUGGGAGCAAUCACUUGGGUCAUCAACAGAGUUACCCACUUUUAACAAGCUCACAUCAUACUUAGAGGGACGAUUCAGAGCAAUGGAAAUGGUACAAGCGGCACAAAAGAAAGAGAAAAAAGAGAUCACAUUUCAACAAUCAGCUACUGCACCUAAAGUAAAGAGUAGUUUAGCUGCGAAUACAGUCACAAUGGAGACACUCACAGAACCUAAUGACGCACAAACCAAGCAACUCACAAGUCUGAAGGUUUCACAAAAAGGCAAACAAGUGAUACUAGCCACAACACAGAUAUAUCUGAAGGAUAGCAGUGGUUCUCUCGUACAACUCAGAGCCCUUAUUGACCAAGGCUCAGAAGGGACUUUCAUUACAGAGUCUGCUGUGCAACUGCUGCGUCUGAAGAAGACUUUACAGCCAGCUAAUAUCACCGGUUUAGAGCACCAAUCUUCACAGCCAAGACAUGUCGUUAACUUAGAGAUUCACUCACCAAUAGACACUCACUAUGUAAUGCAAGUUAGCGCUCACGUACUCUCAAAGAUUAAUGGAUGGUUACCCUCAAAGGAGUUUGACAUCUCACAAUGGCCUGCCCUCUCCCAAUUGCAACUAGCGGAUCCUCACAUGCAAUCACCGGGACCUAUUGAUGUUCUACUGGGCGCUGAGGUCUAUGCAUUUAUUCUGCUAGAUGGACUACAGAAAUACAACGAUGACAAACUUAUAGCACAAAACUCGAAACUCGGAUGGUUUGUCUCUGGAGCAUCAGAAUCACGAAGUAAUCUACCACCUCACAAUAUAGUAGCUCACCACGCACUCGUCGAGGUAGAUCAACUCCUCCGCAAAUUCUGGGAGACUGAAGAGUACAAGCCACAUGAAAAACCGAUGACACAUCUUGAGACACAAUGUGAAGAACACUAUAAAGAAACUCACUCUAGACAAGAAGAUGGUCGUUACGUCGUACGUUUACCGUUUAAAGAUGAUCAUGAGAAGAACUUAGGCAACUCUCGACAAAUCGCACUACAGAGACUGAUGCACAUGGAGAAGAGAUUUGCAAACAAGCCUAAAUUCCAAAAAGAUUAUGCCGACUUCAUUGAUCAGUAUCAGAAGCUGAAUCACUUAGAAGAUGUAGACCCACAACAUAAGCCAGCUCACAAAGUCUACCAUCUCCCACAUCAUGCUGUGAUAAGAGAGUCCAGCACCACAACCAAGCUUCGCGUGGUCUUUGAUGGAACAGCACAGCCCUCAGAUGGCUCAUCUCUAAACGACGAGUUGCUAAUCGGACCACCACUACUGCAAGACUUGCGAGAUCUCAUUGUUCGUUGGCGUACUCACAAGAUUUGUUUGCUUGCUGAUGUAAAGCAAAUGUACCGCCAAAUACUCGUCGCUAAAGAAGAUGUAGACUAUCAGCGCAUACUGUGGCGUGCAUCCCCACAAGAUGAAAUUGUCGAGAAGCGUUUGUUGACUGUGACGUACGGUACAUCAUGUGCUCCGUUCCUCGCUAUUCGCACACUGAAACAGCUUGCACAAGAUGAAAAAGAGAAAUUCCCAGACUUAGUUGAAGUCAUAAGCAACGACUUUUAUAUGGAUGACUUACUCACUGGUGCGAAUGACGUGGAACAAGCCACUAAGUUACAGAGUCGUAUCACACAAGCUAUGGCUAAAGUCUGCAACACCGAUCAACCAAUUGAUGGGUCAGUUACCUGCGUGUCGUGUAACGCCAGAUAA